UGGUGCUCUGUGUCAGCCAGUGCAGUCCCAGUACAGUGGAAUUUCACUGCAGACAUCAUGAUUGUGAAGACGAUUAAUGUCAUUGAUCUCAACAAUAUAAAUGUCAAAAUUAACAACAUGUUGGGUUUUGUGGGGCUCUCUUUAUGCAUAGUCGUGCUGCUGGGUUCAGAGAUCUGCAUAGCAGCAAGGCAAGAAUUAAUAAUCACCACCAUAAAGCAAGACCCAUACACAAUGAGCAAGGGCUCCCAGUUAGAGGGCUACUGCAUGGAUCUACUCUCUGAGCUAUCUAAGAAACUGGGGUUUAAAUACAAAGUUAACCUGGUGAAGGAUGGGUCAUAUGGCCGGCAGGAUGAAAGCGGAAACUGGAACGGAAUGAUUGGAGAGGUUGUUAGAGGGGAAGCUGAUCUGGCCGUAGCUCCUCUUACUCUCACUGCUGCCCGUGAGAAGGCUGUGGGAAUGUCAAAACCGUACAUGCAGACUGGAAUCAGCAUCCUCAUCCGCAAAGAAAAAGUUUCUGAAGAGGCUGGGUUUUUUGACUUUCUCUCCCCUUUCUCUGGCGAGACCUGGUUCGGCAUCCUGAUUGCAUACUUUGUGACUGCAGUCUGUAUCUGCAUUGUGGGAAGGUUGAGUCCAUGCGAAUGGAGCCAGCCUGAGACUGAGACCAAUCACUUAACACUUCUGCACAGCUUGUGGUACACUGCAGGAGCCCUAAGCCUGCAAGGUGCAGGCCCUCACCCUAAAGCUGUGUCAGGACGGGUUAUCAGUUGUACCUGGUGGCUGUUUGCAGUCGUAUUGCUGGCGUGUUAUUUCUCCAGCCUCAGUUCCUCUCGGGGAUCUGAUUCUGCACAGCUCAUGAUAAAAGGCUUUGAGGACUUGGCCAAUCAGGAAGUGAUCGAAUAUGGAACGCUUGCAGGCUCCUCCACCCUUGCCUUCUUUAAGAACUCCAAUAACCCAUCUUACCGUCGCAUCUAUGAGCACAUGGAGCGGAGGAAAAGUUUUGUGUCCUCAAUGGAUGAGGGCGUCCAGAGAGCAAAGGAAGGAAAUUAUGCUUUCAUUGGAGAAUCUGUGUCCCUGGACUUGGCUGUGGCACGCCAUUGUGAUUUGGCCCGUGCACAUGAGGUCAUUGGGAUGAGAGGUUACAGCAUCGUAGCUCCUCUUGGAUCUCCCAUGCUGAAGAACCUGAGUGUGGCGAUCCUGCAGCUGAACGAGGCGGGGGAGCUGGCCUAUCUGCGCACUAAGUGGUGGGCCAGUAGCUGUAUCUUGGACAGUGCCAAAGCCUCGUCUCUGAGGGCCCAUAGCAUGAAGGGCAUCUUCCUGGUUCUGGCUGUAGGCCUUGGGAUUGGAGUUCUUCUCUCCUUGUUUGAGCUCAUCUCGAAGUCUCGCAGUACCGCAGGAGAGCAGAAGAAAUCCUGCUGCGCAGUUUUGACUCAGGAGCUGAGCCAGCGUUUGAGAAUGAGCAACACAAAGAAAGUCCAGGAAACCUCAGACAUAAACAAGGCAUAAAGGUUUUCCAACACUGAUAUAAUCCGAGUCUUACGUAACAGAAUGUCUUUACUGUUUCUUAAAUUCUGAUAGAUCUAUUCAUGACUUUCUGGAUUAUCUGUUGUUAGAUAUUACCAUCUCUUACAUUAUAGGAAACUAUGUUUAUUAACUUUUUAACUGAUUUAUAUUAGUGUUCUGAACUGCAGAUUUCUAUAAAAUUGUAACAUUUUUACAGUCAAAUCAAGCUACCUGUUGGUUCAGUGAAGAUGUUAGAUGAAGUGCCUUUUAAUCUCAAACUGGCAGUAAAAUCUCAUGAUUUUGUUUUACAGUUGUUGGUGUUAGAUGAUUAUUAGAAAUUUCAUCUGAAACAUAAUUUUUAUAUAGACUGUAUGUAAUAUGAUAAGGAAGAAAGCUGAAAAGGAGUUCAAUAAGACUUUGUUCAUUAACAAAUUCUGUACACCAUGUGAAAUAUUUGUAUUUAAUACAGAAAUACAAGAAAAAGCCUAUAAAAGUAAGAGACAAGCAGCAUUUUGCAGAUUUGUUAUUGUAAACCAAGCAUAAUGGGAAAAAUGCACCUUCUCUGACAAGGAUUUAAGAAUGAAACAUUGUAAACUUACAAAACAAAAGCUCAUAUAAUAUAGAAAACAUUGUCACCUCUUACUCUUAAUCACAAAAGAGGCAUUGGUAGUGGCACCAUGUUUAAAUGUAAUUAAAUAAAUUAAUAAACUUGAUCUAACCCCAAAAGU